CCUCAUCAUCAUCGCCAUCGUCAUCACCAGCAUCCUUAUCAUCAUCACCAGCAUCCUUAUCAUCAUCACCACUAUCACCAUCAAAAUCAAAUCAAAUGUUGUUUCUCACAUGCACCGAAUACCUUACAGUGAAAUGCUUACUUACAAGCCCUUAACCAACAAUGCAGUUUUAAGAAAAUGCCUAAAAAAGUAAGAGAUAAGAAUAACAAAUAAUUAAACAGCAACAGUAAAUUACAAUAGCUGGGCUACAUACAGAGGGUACUGGUACAGAGUCAAUGUGUGGGGUCACCGGUGUGGAGGUCAUAUAUACAUGUGGGUAGAGUUAUUAAAGUGGCUGUGCAUAGAUAAUAACAGAGAGGAGCAGCAGGGGGGAUGCACAUAGUCUGGGUAGCCAUUUGACUAACUGUUCAGGAGUCUUUUGGCUUGAGGGUACCAUCAUCACCAUCAUCAAGAACAUCAUCAUCAUCAUCACUAUAAUUGCAUUGAUCUGAAACGCACCUGCAUUUGACCAAUGAUGCAUGAAAGAAGUCUGGUGCGUUGAAUGGACUGAUGUGAGCGCGCCCACAGUCAAAAGCCAAUGGUCUCCUUUAUAGCCGAUCUAUCCAUCUGUAGUUACAGAGCACACACCCGGAGAGCGGAGCGGAGUGGCAACGUGACCGCGCCCCGCCAGCCCCCAGCAACGCAGUAGCUAUAUCAUAUGACUCAAAGCGUUCCGACUUCAUUCACUACGGAGAUCACAGUCUUCAGCGGGCCCGCUUUGAAGGGAUACAAUAGGCUACAAAAACCGUUUGAUAAGAACAACCGGGACAUGCGGACGGCUUGACAUUAUUUUUGACCUAUUCUCCACUUGCUGAUAUAAACAGGACAUAAAGUUGAUAUUUUUGGAAGUCUCCCAUAAAUGUAUGGAUAGUGAAAUAUUAUAUUCUCAGAGAAUUGUAUCGACAUGCAUAAAGGAUUAAAACACUUAAAGGUUCCACUGCGAGACGUCUUCACUUCAAGUGGAUUAUAGCUCGUUCGACAAAAUGAUUACAUUUCUCACAUCUGGAAGUUCUUAUCAGGACAGAUAACUCUUGUCUCAGGUGCCGUAACACCGACCCAUCUCCUGCUCCUGUGUUGCUUCUGUGGCCAAAAGCGGAGUAGGAAACCCAACUGACUUCAAUAAACGUCAGUAUUAAAUGUAAACCUAAAUGAACACCCAAUAAAGUCCCACUGUUAGCCUCGCCAUGUUGCCUAUAAUAGCCAAAUAAUUCGGACUACUGGCUGUAGACUCGUGGAGGUAGCGGUUCCACCCGAGGGAUGGUACUGGAUUCCCGUGGUUUGGGAGCGACGCCUCAGCUCCUGGUUCUGGGACGGUGUUGGUGGAACUACUGGAACUUUCUCUCGUUCUGGAGCCCAAAGGACCUGAAGGGAGAUGAGAGCCGCUUUUCUGAGCUUCCUCCUCGCCUGCUUAUUGUGCCUGUUACGCACCGCCGCUGAGGAGGACCCACUCCCCCGGGAGCUGUUGGAGCGGCUGUCCCGCAGUGAGAUACGCAGCAUCAGCGACCUCCAGCGGCUCCUGGAGCUAGACUUGGAAGAGAAUGAGGUGAUCGGGGAGAACAAACAGAGGUACCACAACAAGGCCUUCCCCCACAGCUACUCACAGCUGAAGAGCUCUCAGACACACUCCAGGCACAAGAGGAGCAUCGAGGAGGCGUUACCCGCGGUGUGUAAGACUCGUACGGUGAUCUACGAGAUCCCUCGGAGCCAGGUGGAUCCCACCUCCGCUAACUUCAUCAUCUGGCCCCCCUGUGUAGAGGUGAAGAGAUGUACCGGAUGCUGCAACACCAGCAACAUGCACUGCCUGCCUUCCCGCAAGCACCACCGCACUGUCAAGGUGGCUAAGGUGGAGUAUGUGAGGAGGCGUCCUAAACUGAAGGAGGUGCUGGUGCGGCUGGAGGAGCACCUUGAGUGUAUAUGCACCUCCAAACGACACAUCAAGGACCUCUACGAUACAGACAAUGACCCCCAUCUUCCCCCUCCUCCCCCUUCAUUCACAGGACCCAGUAGGACCAAGGGUAAAGGGAGGAAACGUAAAAAGCUCAAAAACCUCAAAGAAUUUCUCAUACCUUUCUCGGGCAUGUGGAAAAACAUGAGUGUUUAUUAGUGUCAUUACGGCGUAAGGUGAAGACAGAUGGAUGAAAGAGAGAAGAGUGAAAGAGAGGAAGAGGGAAGAGAACAUCUUUUCAACAGAAACGUUCAUGUUUCUCAGACUGAGAUAUGAACUUCAGCCACGUUGUGUGUGAUGGCAACAAGAGAAGUGGGGACAGAGGACAGAGAACAUAUUCUAUAUGUUAUAUUCUAGAUCUUCCCACAAGACGAACCUUCAAAAAUCAAUCAUUUUGAUAACGUCAAAAUAUUGCCAGAAUCGGGAAUGAUGUUUCUGGAAGAUGCAAAUAAGGAUUUCGGUAUUAGGAGUGGGUGUGGCUUCGAUUUGAUGAUUGACAGGUGUCAAAUAACGUGACUACGCCAACUGGGAGAAGAAGAGAGGUAUAUGAUUGAUACU